GAUUUUCGUAUAGCUCCACGAUAUUCAAUGUUAAUUAUUUGCUCGAGUAGGAUGUGUAUGUGCGUUUCGGUAUGUGCGUGUUGUUUAUGCUCGCUAUUUCUGCGACCAUAUGCUGGCUUGAAACGUAUUCCAAUUCUAAUCCACUUCUCAUGCACUCGAAAAUUUUAUAUCGUAAUUUUGUAAUCCUUUUUACUCUUGUUAAAAAAAUCAUUGAUUAUAUUAAAAAGAAAAAAUUAACCACGCGUCAAGACAUUUGAAGAAGCAGAGUAAUUUGAGCGUAAAAGUUUAUUUUGUUUUAACUGUGAAGAUAUUAGAGUUCUAUAAUGAGUUUCAAGAAAUAUAAAAUUUUUUCGUUUGAAUAUUAAUUAAAGAUAUUUCUAAUAGCUUAAAAAAGCUACGUCGUUCAAAAUAUCCGCGGAAAUUUGUUUUUCUUUUGUAAAAGAGUUAACGUAUAAAACGCGUGCGUUCAUUUCUGUUGGCCGUCCGCCACGCAGCAACGGCGAUGACGAUGACACUGCGCGAGCCUACCGAGCUGAUUAGCCGGCCAGGACUUUAACAUUUAAGCUCGGCGCGUUGGGUUUUCUGUACAGCAUGACGAUCGUAGCGCACGCGUUUCAGGCCACCAGUUUAUAUUUGGCGUAGCCCAUUCUCGAAGACGACGACGACGACGCAACUUGGAGAACGAGAAGCGUGUGCUCCAGUACGGCGCCCGCUUCCCUCCAUCUUCCUCCCCGUUUUUAACCCGAUAUUACGGCCUAACCUUGGUCAAUAUUAGGUAGCGGAAGAAACACGCGUAACUCUUCGUAGCCCGAGCAACGGCGCUUUCGUUAUCGCAACAUGAGCGAUUUGGCAGAAGUAUUUUUUUCGCGAUACGAUAAAAUACGAUCCGUCAAGCGAAACGUUUAUAGCGGUGAUCCAUAUUGAUUAUGGCUCUUGCUGUUCUGCAUUCGCGAUCAGCGCGAGCAUUGUAUUUGGCCUCAUUCUUCGAAUUGCUUGUGUAACAAUGGAAUUUUUAUAGAAAAAGCUCGGCCUUUAUAGCUCUACACUUCUACAGGUUUACCGGACGAUAUUUAAUCUGUUCGUUCUUCUUUUGAUAAGAGAAACGUAUAUGCGUAUCUGUAUUUUUAAGUGGUCUGAUUUCUAACUCGAGCCAAAUUAAUCAAUCGCUUCGCCAGAAGAUAUUUUGGAGAUGAUUCUGAGACCGACACGAUGCGGAGGUAUCCGUGGGCGAGUAGUCUGCGCGAACAAACUGCGUAUUUUGUAAACGGCGUGUAUUUAUACCGAUACUCGGACUUAAAAUCUACGACGAUAGGAUGGUAUCUUCGACACCGCGACCUUGGAGACAAUUCGAGCUUUAUUAAUAGUAUUAGAGUCCACACGAACCUGUUCACUAAUUUUUUGAUCAAGCGCUUUUGAUUUUUAGACCAAGUUUUUAGGAUUUAGCGACGUGUGCUUUAUUCAUUCAUUCAUUCAUUUCUUUUUGGAUAUUGGAUUUUGAAUUGUUUUGCUUAUUUAAUAUGCGAUACGAUUGACUAGUUUUGAUGAUUCUCGAGUGAAAUUAUCAGAUCUUACUCGAAGAUUCUUUUAUUCAUAUUUGCUUGACGUUUUUAAAUCUAAAAAUUAAGAGAAAUGAUAGUCUCGCAGUUAUCAUUGCGCGAGGACACUUUUUUUUUAGAUAAUCUCUAAAAACUUAGUUUUGUUUUGCUGAUUGGAAUAAUAAAAAAAUUUUGAAAAAGAAUUUUAAUGACUGGAUAAUUUAACACAGAUGAUUGUUUAGUUUCUCUUCUAUCUCUUGUCAUUUUUUCUUAUGAUUCUUUCUCCUCCAAAAUCUUCCAGAGGAGACCUAAAGGCGCUUUGUAUGCGUACAAAACGCAAUAUACUAUGUUUAUCUAAUAUCUGUAUUAAAAAAGUGCCAGCGUUGUUAUUGAGUGACCAAUAUUGGACCAUGCAAUAGACCUACUCUACAUUGGAUUGACAUCGCAAUUAAGCAAUUUCUAUGUGUGUCAAGGUAUACGGAGCAAGUGGGAGAGAAAGAGAAAGAUAGUUCGCGUGAAAAUAGUAAAAAUACGGUGAUGGUUCGUUAUGAUGCGUUUUCCCAUGACGCGUGCAAGUAGUAGGAAUCGCGUUCUUCAUGGAUAUUUCUUCUUCAUGGAUCAGGAAGCACGACGCACGGCGUUGCCAAGCACAAGUCCGCAUAGCGCGUGCGGAACUUCGGCACGUUUCGAAUAAGCGUUCCGAGACAAUUUACGUAAUACACCGCGGAUCCCUCUCCUUUCCGUCCUCUUCGCCCUUCUCAUCUUCUCCGCUUUCCACCUGCGCUUUUCUUCGUCUUCCUCCAAUUCCGCUCAUCCGUCUCUCCUUCGUCGUGAUCGCGCGUGCGAGUUACGCUGAUCGUUCUCUUUCUCUCUCUCUCUCUCUCUCUCUCUUCGUUACUUCGCAUCCGAUCGCUCUCAAAGAGUCGCUUUCGAGAGAGGUGGACGAAUCGUUCUCGUCGGAGCGGGCACACCACCGCUCCCUGGUAUUUUUAGUACGACGAGAGAGUAUUUGGCGGGGCGCACCGAGUUUCGCCUUCUCCUCGUUGUUGUCGUCGUCGUCGUCGUCGUUGUCGCUACCACUACUGCUGCCGUCUUCGUCUUCGUCUUCGUGAACGGCCGACGUCGUCCUGCUGAUCAUCGUCGUGGUUGUAGCUUAGUGCUUUGCUUGACGGUGUUCUUUCUCCUUUCGUGAUCGGCGUGCUCGGCGCCUUUCCGUAGUGAUGUACCUGCGUAGAAGACCGUUUCGUCAGCCUCGGUGUCUUCGUGUUCGAUCGCUCUUGCGGCCAAUUUCCUCGCACGACUUAACCACUACGGCUCGGGCAUGUCGCGCUGAGAUCACCUCGCGAGAUCCGCCAGGACAAUCUUGAAUGUUCCGCUCGAGGGUCGGAUUAUCUGAUCUGGGAAAUCGUGGGUGGUUCGACGUAGUUCGCGAGUUGACAGCGAUCUCGAGUUCAUAUUCGCCCAAAUGUUCAUAUUCGCACCGCGCGACAGCAUGUCGACGUCUCGACAGAGCUCGGUCGCGCGACGAGGUCGUUUCGCACGCUCGUCCACCACGACCAGCGUGACGCAGAUGCUAAGCGACUCCUGUACGAGUCUCCUCCAGAAGUUGACUACGAGGGUGCGCGGAACGUCCGCGCUCAACGACCGAGGCGUCGGCGCCACGGCUGCGAGGCGAUCGCCUAUUGUCGGCCGACUGGGUAGUACGCGAAGUCGCUUAGAGGACAAGUACAGCACGAUUUUAGACAAGUAUUCCAGCAAGAGGCACGUCAAUGACUCGGAGCGAAGCGCCGGCGGUUAUUCGCGGAGGCAGGAGCGCGAUCACAGCUAUUAUCACCGAGACGACAGUCCGUUUGUCCGCGACGACAAGACUCUGGAGCCCUCGAUGACUCGUACCAUCAUCAAGAGUCCCACCAACGUGAUUCUCAGCGAGAAAGCUUAUCCCUACGUGAGCUCCGCGAUAAGCAGGGAACCCAGGCGCGAGAAGACGCCCGCCUACAACCGCACCGCACGACAGACUUUACUGAACUCGGAAGCUUAUCGCCGCUACGGUAGACACAAAUCCGGACACGCGGAAACGCGCAGUCGGAAGGUGAGGCCGCAUCGAAACGGCAAGAGCGAGCAGCUGGAAGCUCGCUCGACGUCCCUGAAAUUGUCCCGACCAGUCAAGAUCGAAACGUUGACGUUUACGGACGAGAUCACGGUCGAUCCGGACAAGACGCCAGUCGCCAACAACUACGCGGAGAGCAGUGACAUCGUUCAGAAUGUUACGCGGAACGUGUACGACGUGCUAACCGAGGAUGUGGAUCCGUCGAUCUCGGAUCGGGCGGCCAAGCGAAAGGAGAUCCAAAGCCUGAUCUUGAAGUACGCCGCCAUGGAGGACACCUACAGCCAAUUGGCGGCCGGCGGACAGGCGAACGUACGUCCCAGCACGACGGAUCUCAUCGCCAGCAAGUACAGAAGAAGCAAUCAGCGUAACAACCAGAAGGAGGACGCGUCCAAGGGCGCGGUAGCCCCGAGUAGCGCGAGCGCGAUUAACGAGGUGGACGCGAUCCACGACGCGAUCAGCCCACGACCGCCCUCCGUCGAGGACGAUGAAGACGGCCACCUUGUAUACCAAUCCGGCGACAUCCUGGCAAAUAGAUAUAAAGUACUGGCCACCCUAGGAGAGGGUACUUUUGGAAAAGUUGUCAAGGUUAAGGACUUGCAAAUGGAUCAUGUUAUGGCUUUGAAGAUUAUUAAAAACGUGGAGAAGUACAGGGAGGCAGCGAAGUUGGAGAUAAAUGCUCUUGAAAAGAUCGCUUUUAAGGACCCGGAAGGCCAGCAUCUAUGCGUAAAGAUGCUCGACUGGUUCAAUUAUCACGGGCAUAUGUGCAUCGCGUUCGAAAUGCUCGGUCUGAGUGUUUUCGAUUUCCUGGUGAGUAUCGAAAGGGAUAACAGUUACCAGCCGUAUCCAUUGGAACAUGUCAGGCAUAUGGGCUAUCAGCUUUGUUACGCCGUAAAGUUUUUGCACGACAACAAGCUGACGCACACGGAUCUUAAACCGGAGAACAUCUUAUUCGUCGACUCGGACUACGACAGCACGUAUAACAAUAAAAAGCUCUUUCUUUUCAAGCGGAGGGACAUGAGACGCGUAAAGCGAACCGACAUCAGACUUAUCGACUUUGGUAGCGCUACUUUCGACCACGAGCAUCAUAGUACGAUCGUUAGCACGAGACACUAUAGAGCGCCCGAAGUAAUUUUAGAACUGGGCUGGUCUCAACCCUGCGACGUUUGGUCCAUUGGUUGCAUCUUGUUCGAGUUAUACCUGGGCAUCACGUUAUUCCAAACACAUGAUAAUCGCGAGCACUUGGCGAUGAUGGAACGCAUACUUGGAACAAUACCACAUCGCAUGGCCCGCAAAACUAAGACCAAGUACUUCUACCACGGCAAACUGGAUUGGGAUGACAAGAGUUCGGCCGGUAGAUAUGUACGAGAAAAUUGCAAGCCGCUACAUCGUUACAUGCUGUCUGAUGAUGAGGAGCAUCGUCAGCUGUUCGAUCUCGUUCAAAAAAUGUUGGAGUACGAACCCUCGCAACGCAUUACUUUGAAGGAUGCUUUGACUCAUCCAUUUUUCGAUGCUUUACCGGCAUCCCAGAGAUUGCCCGACCCGCGUGCAGCUGGUGAUUCUCAACAAUCUCACGAACGAUCACAUUCACUCUCUCGAUGAAGCUAGGAAAGGGACCGACCUCCGUGCUGGACAGACACUCCACUUUCAACGACGCUACUGCCCUACGUCUUCGUUCUGAUAUCAUUAGUUUUCAUGAAAACAUGUCUCUUUCGUAAUUAUGAAACUCGAUGAUGAGAUACGACACGAACAUUGACAUUUAAAAGAUAGUGCGUGCAUGAGUGUAUAAAUACCGAUCAUUGGAAUUUCUCAUUUAAUUCGCACUCGAUUUAACUUGAAACUAUGUAUAUGUAGGAACUACACGUAGGGAAAACAGUAGUGCGGUGGUGCCGUGGAACUUGGACUACGUCGAAUUCGAUAUAUUUAACGAUGAGCGAUCAGAUUACUACCCGUUACUCGAUAAGGUUCUUAGUGGUCCGUUGUGUUUUUAAUCGCAAUUGUCGAUCAUGAGGCAGCGACGAGGUCCCUGUUACUGGCGUACAAAGGCCAGUGUGUCUGCUCAGUGUAGCGUAACAGAGUCCCACAAUUGUAAACAAUUUUUUAAACGCUCUUCUGUACAUUUUUUGUCCCUUAAAUUUAUUACCAUGUUACUGUGCGAUAUAAACGAGUUUGAGUAAAGAUCACUUUCGGGGUCCGCAAUUUAUAAUCCGUUCUAAAUUGAUGACUACGAACGUGUUCGAGCAGUAUCAGACUAGUGAUAAAGUGGAAGAUAGUUUUACGCAUACACGUCAAUAGAGUUGACAGGAAUCGAGAGAAAGCGAGAGUGUGUGAAUAACGAUCACCAAUUCAUCGUUGUGAAUUAUAUACAUCUUGAAACGUAAGAAUACAUAAUUGUCUUAGAAAAUAUUCUCUCAACGGUUCUUUUCUUUCAUUCAUUUCUGAUAUAUUGAAUUUGAAAAAAAAAUCGCGCAACUUCUUCACGACUUGCCGACUUAGCACUGCCUUUAAAUUCUUGGCCUAAUUAAGCAAAAACUUUUUGUCGAUUCUACAUUUUACAUUAUUGUGCUAUAAAGAUUUUAGUUAAAUUGGUGACGUACGCCGGGUAUUAUGGGAAAUGAUAUGUCGAACGUGAAAAGGCGACUUUUUUUUUUAUCACUGACAUCUUUAAUUUGCACAACUGUAUCACCUGUGUAAGUUUUGUUUGACCUUAGUUAUACUACAUCUACGAAAUAAAGAAUAUUAUAUCUACUGCUCGUUAAACGACCGGGGAUGUCUACUUCUGCAAAAAAAAAAAACCGAUUCUUUAAGUAGCAAUAAAUACAUUUCUUUCGAA